UAAUAGUGAGUGAGUGAGGUCGGGGACAGCAGGGGGUCUAGCUUGGCACGUGCUUGCUAAAACACCAGCUGAUUCGGAGCAGACCCGGCGUCUUUGGCGUGACCGUGGCGCGCGCUCUCUUUUCCUUCGGGAUCCGUAGCAGGUUCUGCUGGUCCGGGGUACGGUUGUGGGUUAGGCCGGUUGCUGCCGCUCGCAGGACCUCCGGCUAGGAUCAGCUAGGGUCCUGACUCACGUUGUGGUGCGCGGGGCUCCCCUCCAGAGCGGUUGCGCAAUAGAAUCCCCAGUCAGCUGAGUGUCAAACGCUAUCGAACGGGGCCAGGACGGUGCAGGCAGCCUGCCAGACCUUCCGUCGCUUAUUCAAUGUAAUAAUACCGAGCGCGGCGGUUUCCACCUGCGAUUCGCGAACGGACCCCACGGCGAAGACCUCCAGGCCACCGAACCAAAUAGAACGAAAUUUAAAAAAGAGAGAGAUCAAAAAUAUUAUAUAACAUUUAAAUAAAUAAAGCAGCAGCAGCAACAAAAGAAACCGCAACCUACGAGGAGGAGGAAACCGACGGUAGAGACUCAGCCAUCUAGGAUCUCUCCUUCAUCGGCAUAAACAAGGAAGGAGGAAUUGAAUUGAAAGUGCAAAGCGAUCGAAAUUUGAAGAAAUAAAAACUCAGUAUUACAUACUCGUUGUAUAUACUUGUAGAGAUUAUUAUUAUAUAUAAAUUAUACAUAUAUAUAUAUAUAUAUUUGGCAGUUGAGUGAGAAAAAUUUGGAGCUUUGAAAUUGGCCUUAUCUUAGAGAUAUUUAGAAGAGAGUCGUGGUAGUUUUUGGAAUUUUGUGGAAACGAUUUUGUUCAAAUUUUUUUGAAGCAGUGAUAGAAAGAGAGAAGCAAAAUGUUCGUCCAAACCGAAUUUAAUAAUAAAUCAAACAACAAUAAUGAGCUGAGCAGGACGGCGGCUGCUGCGGCGGCGGCGGCUCAGCAGUCCGGUGAUCUGUUCAAGGAUCUGGAUCUGAUCUCGAGGUUCUGCGUUCCGAUCUGUUCGCGGGACAACGAGAUCCGCGAGGUCGCCUUGGACGUGAUCUCGAAGACGGUCGAAGGGUGGCUGGACGGGGUGGGAAGCCCGAAGCAUUACCGGCUCUCGCAGACCGAUCGCAGGAGGCCGACGGGGGUGUGCGCCUGCUCGGAUUCUUCCAAUUCCGCCGCCGUCGAUGUGCCGCGCGAGUACAUGGACCUGGUGGCCCUUCACCUGCCCAUCAUCCUCAGGCUAUCAAUCAGCUGUCCAUUUGCUAACGUCAGGGAGAAGUGUCAACAUAUCUUGGAAGUCGUGCAG